CCUCCCCCUCCCUCCCCCUCCCCGGGCGGGCGCGGCGAUUGGUCCCCGGCUGCAGCUCCCUCGGCCGCCCCGCUCGCCCUGCUGGCUGCCGGAGGGGCUGAGCGGCCGCCGCGGCCUCGGAGCAGCCACGCGGAAGGCAGCGGAGCCGGAGCCGUCAGGAGGUGCCGGAGCCCGCAGGGCUCCUGCUGCUCCCCCUCGUAUGACUCCCCGCCUGGAUUUAUAGCCAGUGGAAUAUCAUGGACUGAAGAAAUUCACCCUCCGGUUUUUGCCUUCUCGAUUUUCCCUUUUUUUUUUAAAGGAAAGCUCUUUUUUUUUUUAAUGAUAACAUUUUGCUUUUUUUUUUUUUUUCCUUUUUCAUCUUUCUUUGAAAAUAAAAAUUGAGUCGCCUCAUCUCGUGAGAAGAUGGGGAGGAAAAAGAUCCAGAUCCAGAGGAUUACGGAUGAAAGGAACCGGCAGGUGACCUUCACCAAGCGGAAGUUUGGGCUGAUGAAGAAGGCCUACGAGCUGAGCGUCCUGUGUGACUGCGAGAUCGCCCUCAUCAUCUUCAACCACUCCAACAAGCUCUUCCAGUACGCCAGCACAGACAUGGACAAGGUGCUGCUCAAGUACACCGAGUACAACGAGCCCCACGAGAGCCGGACCAACGCGGACAUCAUCGAGACCUUGAGAAAGAAAGGCUUUAAUGGUUGCGAGAGUCCGGAACCCGACGGGGAAGACUCCAUCGACCAGAGCCCCCUGACGGAGGACAAGUACCGCAAAGCCAGCGAGGACCUGGACAACUUCUUCAAGCGCUACGGUUCCUCCGUUCCUGCUCCCAACUUUGCCAUGCCUGUGACGGUGCCAGUGAGCAACCAGAGCGCCCUGCCCUUCAGUAGCCCCGGGGGCUCCCUAGUGACCCCCUCGUUAGUGACCUCCUCCUUGACCGACCCGCGAUUGCUGUCCCCGCAGCAGCAGCCGGCCCUCCAGCGCAACACGGUCUCCCCGGCCCUCCCGCAGCGGCCGGCCAGUGCAGGGGCGAUGCUCGGAGGGGAGCUCGGCAACACGAACGGCGCCUGUCCCAGCCCCGUGGGCAAUGGCUACGUCAGCGCCAGGGCCUCCCCGAAUCUCCUCCCCGUCUCCAAUGGAAACAGUCUCGGCAAGGCCGUCCCGGCGAAGUCGCCCCCACCGACUGCCCAGCACAGCAACCCUCUGGCCACCAACAUCCGCAAGCCGGACCUCCGCGUCAUCACCUCCCAGGGCGGGAAAGGCCUCCUGCACCACCUGCAGAACGCCCAGAGGCUCAUGGUGUCUCAAGCCACACAUUCUUUGACCACCCCAGUCGUUUCGGUGGCCACGCCCAGCCUGCUGACCCAGGGGCUGCCCUUCUCGGCGAUGCCCACGGCAUACAACACAGACUACCAGCUGAGCAGCGCGGAGCUCUCCUCCCUCCCGGCCUUCAGCUCGCCCACCGGCCUGUCCCUGGGCAGCCUCUCCGCCUGGCAGCCGCAGCAGAUGCAGCAGCCGCAGCAGCAGAUCCCGGUCUCCCUCAGCAACCUGAUACAAGGAAGCCACCUGCCCCACACGGCUGCUGCCACGGCCUCCGCUUCUGCCGCCACCUUGACCGUCAACACCAGCCCCAGCAUCAGCAUCAAGUCAGAGCCCAUCUCGCCCAGCCGGGAGCGCAACAGCGGCACCCCGCUCUCCUCCUCCUCCUUCCCCCACCAGGCCCGCCACGAGCCCAGCGGACGCUCGCCCGUGGACAGUCUCAGCAGCAACGCCAGCUCCUACGAGGGCCCCCCCGAGCGGGAGGACCCCUCCCGGGCCGACUUUGGCUCCUCCCUCGGGCUCCUGAGACCCAGCGCCGAGGCCGAGGGGGAGAACCCCUCCAUCAAACGCAUGCGCUUGGACGCCUGGGCCACGUAACUGCCCGCCACGUGGCCCCCUCUUUCCUGCGGGGGGCUCUCGGCUCCCCACCCCCUGCGGUUGUGUCGGAGGGAGGGCAGUGGAAAAGGAGGAGGGAGGGGGGAGGGGAGGCAUGGGGAGGGGGGGGCUUAUUAUCAACUGCCUGAAAAAAAUAGCUUUAGGAUUUUGUAGGCAUCUGUUCUAGAACCUUAUGCAGUAGGAAAAGACCCCCCCCCCGAGGGUCUUCCAGGAACAGCCAUCUUGGUCCAGGGACUCUGGCGAUGGCUGGCUCUGCCAGGGGGUCAGGGGGGGAAUGGGGUGGAGGUCUCCCUUCGGCCAUUUCUGGUCCUGAUUGAGAGAGGAGAGUGCCUUUGGGUGUCCCAGGGGGCUGAGAGAGGGGAGGGGGGCCAUGGUCCAGCACCAUCUCCUCCCGAGCGGCCGCUUUGAGGCAGGAGAGGAAGGGUCGAGCCUGCCAGGGCAGCAGCCCCCCUCCUGCUCCCUUGGGAGGCUCUCCGGCUCAAGGGAGGCUGGAGAAACGCAAUAGCUUUUGAGGACGGGGGAGCUCGCUCCUCCUCUCUCUCCAAACUUUUGAUAAUCUGGGGCACAGGGUUUUUUCCCCCUUGGAUCAAAGCCCCCUCGCUCACACGCUCCAAAACCCCCGGAAACCUUUCCCAGGCCCCCACUUGUCCGGCCCUCGUCAGCCGGCUCCUUUCCGUGGGAGGGGCAGGGCAGGGCCCAUGUUGCACCGCAGCAGCACAAGAAAGCCUGGAGACAGCUGGAGGGGGGGGGGAGUUGGCAGGGGCAAUCAGUCAGUGAUGCUAUUGUGGGGUGGGUCCCCCCCCCCAUUUGCUGGAGGGAUGAAAGCUGCAGUAUUUGCUUGGGGGGGGAACCUUUUCACACACUGCAUGGUUCACACUAAAGACGCUGCAGCUGUCAGAGCUUUUCCUGUGAUUUUCAACCCCCAAAGUCCCCCCCCCCUCUCGGUCCAAUGAAAGGGCCGCUUGUUUCACUUCUGAGUCGGCCGGUGGAUCAGCCUGGCCCACCUGAACCCGGCAUGAGGAGGAGCAGCAGCCGGGCGGGAGAGGGAAGAGGGCGCAGAGCAGCUGAGCCUGCCUGGACUCAGAGAGAGGGGCCUGCUCUGAGGGGAAGCAGGGGGGGCAAAGGGCCCGGCCCAAUUAAGGGGGGGCAGCAAAGCUGUGGGAGCAAGUGGGGGGGCAGCAAAGCUGGGGGGGCUAACUUCUUUCCCCUUAUGUUUGCAAAGCCCUGUGCCCCCCCCCCCCCGCGGGGAUUUAAGGAGGGAAGGGGGGUGCCGUUUGUUCGCUCAGGAAUCUUGCAUUCGCCGUGGAAGGGCUGCUGGGAAGCUCCCGAGGGGGAGUCGCCACCCCCCCCGAAGGACCAGGGUUUAGUUCCAAGUGGAAGCAUCCAAUCUUGGUGUGUAGAUCAUCAUUGCUCUGGGUUCAUCUUUAUUUGCCUUCAUUUGUGGCCGGAGUGUUGGAGCCCCGGAGGCCUCUUGGGAUUCUGAUGGGGGAGCAAAGCCCUGGGGGGGGGGGUGGCAGUGACCCUGGGGGGCUGCUGCUGCCUUGGCUUCCAUGCUUCUUUCUCCCGUUUGCCCCUCCCCCACUUCCAAUCUGGGCAUUGGAUUAGUUCCCUUUUGCCUGGAGCUCUGUGCUCUGCCCAGGAGGGCUUGUCCUGGGUGCCCUGGGCACCAACAGGAGCUCCAGAGUGGGAGGGGCAGAAGAAGACCUCCCCUGGCUGAAGCCAAUGAAUGUGAUGAGCUCCGUUCUGUCUGUCACACAGAGAGUGGCCGGCUCCCCUGGGGAGGGCUGUGCCUGAGGCACAUGGCCCUUAGGUAGGGCUUCUGGGGGGGGGCUGGGGUGUUGAGCCUCAUUGCACCCUCCUGGUGUGCAGAAAACGGGUUUGGCCUCUUGGCUAACUGCCUGGAGCCUUGGGCCACCAGCAGGAGCCACGACAGGUGGGGCACGGGGGGGGGGGGUACAUCCAAAGAAGGGGCUGCCUGAUCCAGCCACGGGAGGGGGGGUUGGGGGCAUUUGAAGAAGUCCAGAAUUGUUCCUUCACUUCUGUCCACCUGAGGUCCCCUCCGUCCAUUCUUGCAAUCCCUCCCUCUUUCUCUCCCCCCACCUCUUUCCCCCCCACCACCUCCUCAUUUUUUGAAAGACAAGCAAAAGAAUGACAAUCUACAAAAUCAAACCACCUUAUUUGUAUUUCUAUAAAUAUAUUCCUCCAGAGCUUUUAAUUUUAUUUCUUGUGUUCAUCCGUACUGUUGACAGUUACAUUGUGUAUAAUUUUUUUUUAAUUUGUAUAGGGUUUUAGUUUUAAAAAGUUAUCUAUAUAUAUAAAUAUAAAUAUAUAUUAUAUAUUUUCCAUUUUUAAAAAAAGGGGUGUUGCAACGAAACACGAAAUUGCACGAUUUAAAAUGACUUUAGUUGAAAAUGCUGCAGUUUUUAGAGCCGUGGGAGGAAACGGAGCUUAUUUAUUCUCAAAGGCUACAAAAAGUGUACAAUGCAUGAGAGAAAAACAUUUGCAAAAAAGACAAAAAAAGACAAAAAAGUGUAACCUGAACAAAGUGUAGCGUUAAAAAAUUUAAACUACAAAAACGGCUAAUAUAUAUUGUGUUUGGCUUUUGGUUUUUAACUGUUUCCUUUCUUUCUUUGAGAAUGAAAUGCAAUAGUGGAUAUUUUCCUAUAAGAAGUAUGCACUCAGAUGUUUAGAAACCAUAUAUUACUUUCUAAAAGCCUGGUUACUUAA